UAAAAAUGAAAGCGUCCUAUGACAUUGUUAACUCAGAUUCCUUAAUAUAAUUAAUAAAUUCCUCUUAUGAACUUGAUCAGAUGACAAACAAAUGGAUGUUUGGAGAGUAAGAUCAAUAGUAAGUUUCUCCUCCUCUAAAUGAUUAAAUAAGGAAAUGUAGACCUUUUGAAAAACAUAACUAAUCAAUAAUUAAGAAUAAUCAGGAGUUAUUUAAUGUAAACUAUUCAAAAAGUGUUUAUGUAAAUAAAAUAAACUCUCUAAUUGAAAUAGCUCCCACUAAUUAAGAAUCUUCAAUAUCAUUAAGAAAAGAGUAAUAUCGAAUUAUAUACAAUAUAGAUAAAAGAAUUAUCUUAAAACAAAGAAAUCAUUAGAUAAAGAUAAUGGAUAUUCCCAUGAAGAAUAAGACUAUGAUGAUAGCAAUAAAAUAAAACUGGCAAAAAAUAGACAAUCAGCAAGAGAUUCAAGAAAGCGUAAGAAAAUAUAUGUCGAGCUUCUUGAGUUAAAAGUAUCUGAACUUAAUAAAUAAAUUGAAGUUCUCCAAAAAAAUGUUGAAUAACAGAAUAUUUUUAUUAAUCAUUGUGUCAAGAUACCCUCACUUGUAUUAAAAUUUCUUAGUAAAAUUAGAUAUCUGAUUUUAAUUUGAAUUAUUAAAAUUAAUUCUAAAUAUUAAGUUAGAAUAUCACAAAAAAACAAUUGCAAAUUUUAGAUGAGGAAUUUGGAGUGAAUUCAGAAAAAAGAGAUUGUUUGUGUAAUAUCAUUUUUAAUACUCUUGUUGAUCAUAUAUUGCCAUAUGAUUUAAAGAAAACAAUUGAAACAGCUAUAAAUAGUAAUUCAUAUCUUAAAUAAAUAGAUCUUGGUAUAUUCAAAGUAGGUGAACAAUAAGAAAUUAAAUAAUUGAUUGAAUUUUAACAAUAAUUCACCUAAUAAUAUAAGAAAUUUGAAUUGUAAUGAUUUUAAAUAACUUAAUUAAUAGAGUUGCUUUUGAUAUGGCAAAGUCAUAUGAAUAUAUAAAAAGAGAAGCAGAAGGACUUGAAAAACUAAAAACUUAGUUGAUUUAACUUUUGGGUCCUUAAAAAUAUGUUAAAAAUGUUCUUGAUUUACAAUAACUUCAGCAAUAGAUUAUAGUCAAAGAAGAAGAUUUAAAUUAGAAAGGUCAUACAAAAUAUGAAUUAUGAGCUCGAU